GUCGGUCGGUCACGCUGCCGUUGUGUUUACAGCAGAUGCCGUGACCAGCAGCGCGAUGAUGCGCGGUAAGACCGUGAUCGUGACCGGAGCGAACAGCGGCAUCGGAAGGGCGACGGCGGCGGAGCUGCUGCGGCGGGGAGCGCGCGUGAUCAUGGCGUGCAGGAGCCGGGAGCGGGGCGAGCGCGCGGCCGAGGAGAUCCGCGUGCAGGCCGGGACCGGGACCGGGGGCGGGGAGGUGCUGGUCAGACUGCUCGACCUGGCGUGUCUGAGCUCCGUGCGCAGCUUCUGCGAGCAGAUCAACAAGGAAGAGCCGAGACUCGAUGUGCUCAUCAACAACGCCGGGGUCUACCAAUGUCCGUAUUCCAGAACCGAGGACGGCUUCGAGAUGCAGUUCGGCGUGAACCACCUGGGCCACUUCCUCCUCACCCACCUGCUCCUGGACCUGCUGAAGCGCUCGGCUCCCAGCCGCAUCGUCGUCGUCUCCUCCAGACUCUACAAACGAGGCGAGAUCAACUUCGACGACCUGAACAGCGAACGCGGCUAUGGCGCGGCGGCGGCGUACAGCCGGAGUAAGCUGGCCAACCUGCUGUUCACACUGGAGCUGAGUCGGCGUCUGGAGGGCACGGGCGUGACGGUGAACGCUCUCACGCCCGGCAUGGUCAGGACCAACCUGGGACGCCACGUCUCCAUCCCCCUGCUGGCCAAACCGCUGGUCGGGCUGGCAUCCUGGGCGCUGCUCAGAUCACCCGAGGAGGGAGCCAGGACUCCGGUUCAUCUCGCCUGCUCCCCGGACGUCGAAGGGGUUCGGGGGAAAUGUUUCGCCGACUGUCAGGAGCAGGAGCUGCUCCCUAAAGCCACGGACGAGGACGUGGCGAGAAAACUGUGGGACAUCAGCGAGGUUAUGGUGGGCAUCACGACGUAGACGACGGAAAUAUUGUCCACAUUAUAGUGCAUCCGAUAAAUAAAUCAAUAAACAAAUAAUAAAACAAACUAAAAAAACUACUAAUUUAUUAUUUUUUCAACACAUUAAAGGGAAUGUGCUAGUAAAAGAAAAAAAGACAAGUAUAUUCAAUUUAGUUAUUAAACGUCUCAAAAGAUUGAUGCAAAGCUGUUGAUUUUUUAUAUUAAAUUUUUUAGCUUAUUAAUGGACAAAGGCUGGCCUUUUGUUAAUUUGUUUGUUUUUUUACUUCAUAAUCAGCCAUGAAUUAUGCAAAAAAUGUCUUUUGAGCUGAAAAGAUUAU